AUGCCUGCAAACGAUUACAAGCAUAUUAUCCUUGAGCUUAAUUAUUGCUUAUAUUUAAGUUUAACAGGUACAACACUACUCAGAGAUGAUUGUAUAGUAGCUCUUAAUCCUCGGAAUAAAGAACAUCAGCAAUCUAAUCUUUGUUUUAGAAUUAGAAUAGAAACUAUAGAGGAUUUAAAGGAUUUGUUUGAUGAAACAACUAAAAUAUUUUAUACUCUAUCCUUAGAGCCAAGAUAUUUUAUUGAUGAACUAUCCAGACCUCCUUUGGAAGAUAUUUGUAAUGAAUUUUCAAAAUUAUAUCAUACAAAAGUAGAGAUAGAUACAGAUGUGAUUAUGUCCUGGGAUUACCAUAAUCAAGAACAGCAAACGGUAAUAAUAAGAAAUGCAACCAUGAUCGAAUUCAAAACGGCAACUAUGCAUCAAUUAGAAAAUCUGACAGAGAUAUUUGCAGCAGCGUAUAACUACAGUGGUGAUAUCGAUUGGCUUCGUUAUAAACUAAAGACACAGCUUGCAGAUCCAGACACAUUUCCAAUCACUUAUGGGGAACAUAUAAAAGACGGUACCUGUUAUUGUGCCGUUAUUCUUCAUACUCCUCUAGGAUUACCCCAUUUAGGUCAUGUGAAUGCAGUUGCUACUCAUCCAGAUCAUCAACGUCAUGGUUAUGCUGCAGAUUGUUUAUUGACCGCUUUAACGAAACAAAACAACAAGAAAAUUUAUUUAGAAGUAUAUGAUGACCUUCAUCAUGCUCAACGCAUGUAUAAACGCAUUGGAUUUAAAUAUGAAGGAUUACUUCGAUCGUCCACAUUUACUAUUAAUUAA